AUGCUGCAGCUCUGUAAGCCUGCAGUGCAGGACUCAUACAGCCAGACUCAACGCUGGGGCACAAGUGAACAGCCCCCUGUCAAAUACUGCACUGAUCUCAGCUGCUUAUCGCAAGCAAAGAUGCUAGCAGCACAGAAAUUUUCUCCAGAUUCUCCACACACAUCACCGCCUGACCUGUAUGCUGCCAGUCAUAAGGCUUCAUACAAGGCUCAUUUAAGAAAUUAUAGCACAUCCUUCAAACCAACUCUUGCAUUAACAUUAGCUGCUUCACAAACUUUCAUCUUGCAUGAGGACCCUGAGAAGGGGAUAGUAAUGGUAAUCUCCCAAAUCGAUGGGUGUGGAAGGAGCCACCUGGCCUACUGGAAAGGUGUAAUGUUGGUUUUUGAUGGUGUAUCUGUGAAGCACUACAGGAUCAGACAGCUGGAUGAAGGAGGCUUUUUCCUAAGCAGAAGGAAAACUUUCAAAACUCUGAAUGAGUUUGUUGACUAUUACAGUAAGAACAGUGAUGGCCUCUGUGUGGUGCUCGGAAAGCCAUGCCUAAAGGUGCAAAUUCCUACUACUUUUGAUUUGUCUUAUAAAACUGUUGAUCAGUGGGAGAUAGACAGACAAUCUCUGAAAUUGGUCAAAAAAUUAGGAUCUGGACAGUUUGGUGAGGUAUGGGAAGGACUGUGGAAUAAUACCACCCCUGUGGCAAUCAAAACAUUAAAACCAGGUUCAAUGGAUCCAAAGGACUUUCUGAGGGAAGCACAAAUAAUGAAGAACUUGAGACAUCCAAAGCUUAUACAGCUUUAUGCUGUCUGUACUUUGGAGGACCCAGUUUAUAUUAUUACCGAGCUGAUGAGAUAUGGAAGUCUUCUAGAAUACCUUCAAAAAGAUGCAGGCUCCCAAAUCUUCCUGCCACAUCAAAUAGACAUGGCUGCUCAAGUGGCUUCUGGGAUGGCUUACCUUGAAUCUCAGAACUAUAUCCAUCGGGAUCUGGCAGCCAGGAAUGUUCUUGUUGGUGAACACAGUGUUUACAAAGUGGCAGACUUUGGACUUGCAAGAGUUUUUAAGGUAGAAAAUGAAAACGUAUACCAAGCUAGGCCUGAAACAAAACUCCCAGUGAAAUGGACAGCCCCAGAGGCAAUCCGCUACAACAAAUUCAGCAUUAAGUCAGAUGUCUGGUCAUUUGGAAUACUUCUGUUUGAAAUAAUCACCUAUGGGAAGAUGCCUUAUGCUGGUAUGUCAGGACACCAGGUGAUCCAGAUGCUGGACAAGGGGUACAGACUUCCUCAGCCGGAGGCCUGCCCGGUGCCGCUCUACCAACUGAUGCUGCAGUGCUGGAGCGCGGAGGCGGGCAGGCGGCCCGCCUUCAAGGCCCUCUGCGGGCAGCUGGAGCGCUACUUGGAGACUGACUCCUAUUCCUACACCCACACCCAGGCUGUGGUGAAAUGA